AUGAGCUCUCCUUUACCCUCACCUACUCAUUCUCAUUCACUAGAUGGGCUACCUCCAUUUAUAAUCGGUGGAGCAGUAUUCAACUAUCAAUACCACUCCAACCCGGAAUCUCUUCCAGUGGAGGAUAUCUUACAACAUGCAUUCAAGUUAGGUUACAAUGCCAUUGACACAUCACCAUACUAUGGCCCUUCAGAAGAGAUAUUGGGUCAAGCUUUAUCAAAAUUGAACGUACCUCGUGAAUCAUACUAUAUAUGUACCAAAGCUGGUCGUAUCAAACUUGAUGAAUUUGAUUAUUCACGUAAACUGGUACGUGCAUCGGUAAUGAGAUCAUUGACACGAUUGCAAGCUACCUAUUUGGAUUUAGUAUAUAUGCAUGAUAUUGAAUUUGUUACUAUUGAUGAAGUGAUUGAGGCAUUGCAUGAGUUGCAAAGUUUGAAGAAUGAAGGUAUUGUUAAGAACAUCGGAGUUUCUGGAUACCCAAUCCAAUUUCUUUAUGCAGUUGCUGUUAAAUGGAAACAAGUCAAUAAUGGGGCGCCCUUGGAUGCAGUCAUGUCGUAUUGUCAUGGAUGUAUUCAGAAUAAUAGCCUUUUUGACAUUGCCCCCAAAUUGCAAACUGAUGCUGGAGUCAAUAAAAUCAUGAACGGACUGAUCUUGUCAAUGUCUUUAUUACGAUCACAACCAACGCACUCAUUUCAUCCAGCAUCAACAGCAUUGAAACAACGGGUUGAUGAAUUGGCACAGCAAUUGCAAUUACAACAUAGAGUUGAAUUGGCAGAAUUGGCUACAAAGUAUUCCAUUUAUGAGUGGAUGAUCAAGCGUAGAUCAAGUGUUGUUUUAGGGGUUUCAAACUUACAUGAAUUGAAUGUUGCUAUUGAUGCAUUUGAGUUGUUGAAAAGGAAUGGUGGGUUGAGUGAUACUGAUACGCAAUUGAUUAAGCAGUUCCAAUCUGACUUGGGUGACCAUUUCAAUGAAUCGUGGCCAAGCGGUCACCUGUAG